AUGAAUGUUACAUGUCUAAAUAUUAAUGCGCCAUCAACUUCGGCAACUUUAUCAACUUCGGCAAUUUCAACAACUUCGGCAACUUUAUCAACUUCGGUAACUUUGGCAACUUUAUCAACUUCAGAAACUUCGACAACUUCGGCAACUUUAUCAACUUCAGAAACUUCGUCAACUUCGAUAACUUCACCAACUACAACUGAAAUACUAACAACGACAACAUUAUCAACAACAACCACACAAAAAUGUAAGGAUCGCAAUGUAGCAGGUCGACCUAGUGAUUGUCCACGAGCAAAAUAUUUAUGCAGCGAUCCUAUAUAUUAUGAUUUAAUGACAGAGCAAUGUCCACGUACAUGUAAUCGUUGUCCGGGUACUGAUUUCAGUCCAAGGCCAGAUUGCUCCGAUCGAACUGCAGAAGAUGGUACAUCAAAUUGUCGUUCCGUUGCAUAUUUAUGUCAAGAUGCUUUAUACCAAGAGCUUAUGAAAGAGCAAUGUCCUAAAACUUGCAAAUAUUGUUAA